AUGAAAACAUGUAAAAUAAGACAUUUAUACCUGUAUGUCACACUGAACCAAAUAGAAAAACUCAUUUUCCACAAAGUCCAAGAACAAACUAAAGAGCCUAGUAAGAACCCUUUUCUCAGGAAGAAACACACUGUGCUCUCUGAGCCAUCCCUCCUUCGAACUGUGCAGCAAAUCCCAGGAGUUGGAAAAGUUAAAGCUUCCCUUCUGCUUCAGAAAUUCCCAAGUAUCCAACAACUAUGUAAUGCAUCCAUCCAAGAACUGGAGCAAGUCGUUGGACAAGCAGGAGCACACCAAAUCCAUGUGUUUUUGACACAGUCCAGGUGA